ACCUUUAAUGCAGCACGCCGGCAAACCUGAAAAACAGCCCAGCCAGGACGCGUUAACAGCUGUAGUCGCCGUGGUUUAAGGGGCUGAUGCAGAUGAAAUGAAUGAAAAUGUCUUCAUCGCCGGAUGGAGCGGAAGUGUCCAAGAAAGCGUCACCUGCGAACUGGAUCCUGCAGCAUCCGGUGUACCAACAGAUGAAAGAGCUGGAGAUCGGAGAUGGCGCACAGCUGCACGCAGCUUUCCUGGUGUACAUGGACCUCACUGAGGUGCGUCGGUGGACAGAGGUGUCAUGUGUCAAAAGUCCUGAACUACAGGCUGUUCUGCUGGAGGGGAGGGAGAAGGAAGGAGCUCCCGUACAGACCGUCCUUCCUCUUCCUGUUCAGCAAUCUCUGAGCCACAAAAGCAUUCGCCACGGGCUGGACAGAGGCUUUCCCAUGCUGUUGUGCGCUGUGGCAUCUGACUCCACCUUGGUCUAUCAGAGGAUGACGGAUGGGUUGGUGACACCAGACCCACCUGUGGGCCCUUUUAAGGACGUGGGACGCCGGCAGCACCGGAAGAGACGGCAGCAGCACUGAGAGGACGAUGAACCAGAGAGGAAAAGCUGGAAGCCAGCUGGUUGAUCUGUGCUUCUAGAAGAGCUACAGGCAGCAUCAAACAAUCCCAGUAAACAUCUUGAAGCCUCUUAAACCAACAGAUGAUGGAUGAUGGGUGGAAAUGGAGUUCAGGAAGAUUUCUGGUUUCUGUUUGUAGCCUGAGCUGCAUCAACCAGUCACACUGAAGGGUUUUUAUGGUUGCUUGCAGGUAAAAAAAUCCACAAAUGAGCUGAUGUUUUAUCAUUUUAUUAAAUUUUUUAUUCAUCUGCAUCAUGUCAUUUCUUGGCCUGGGUCUCAGAUGGAUGGUAACUAAAUCCUUGAUAGAUUUGUUAUUCUUUUUUGAUGUUAGCUAAUCAGCUGCCUUUUUGUGGCAUCACUGUUUUUGUUGUAUAAAAAUAAAAAAAACAAUGUCA